GCUGGGAACCCAAUGAGCAAUGAGACCGUGGUGGUUUAUGUGGGGAAUGAUGGAACCAAUUUCACCUAUACAACUGGGCAGGAUGGAACAGCAGAGUUCUCCAUUGAUACCAGCUCUUUCCAACUGUCAUCUGUCAGGAUCAAGGCCAGCUACAAGACUGGAGACUACUGCUCUGGGCACAGGUGGCUGACUGCAUCGUAUGAAGAGGAUACACGCACCGUUAACCAUUUCUACUCCCGGAGCAAAAGCUUUCUGAAACUCCAGCCUAUCCACAGGACUUUGGAGUGUCAAAUAGUAGAGAAAGUCAAUGUGCAUUACAUUCUGACUCCUGAGGGUGUUGGCGAGGCAAGAAACGCAGUGUUUCACUACCUGGUAAUGGCAAAGGGACGUAUAGUAGAAAAUGGCAAACACACAUUGGCACUUAUCCCUAAUCAAGGUAAGUAACUGGGCAACAUUGAUGGUCUCAUUUGGGUUUGCAAUGGGCUGUUCAGAAAUAUACAGAGUUUAAAGGAACACUGUCAUGGGAAAACAUGUUUAUUAACAUCAGUUAAUAGAGCUUCUCCCGCAGAA